UCGCACUCUUUCGUCGCUAGCUUGACACUAGUUGUGAUGUUAGCUUGUUUUCUUGGACGCUCCUAGCUCUGAUCCCACCGCCCUGCUAAUUGUCUUACGCCCCCCUCAGGAAACCAUGGCCUCGGAGGCCUCGGGAUCCCCUCAGUCGUCCCAACAUGACGCGGUGCUAGAGCAGCGAGUGGCAGCUCUGGAGCAGGAGAGGGCCGAGUUCAUCAAACUCAAGCAGCAGCUGGAGGUGGAGUUCAACCAGAAGCGGGCCAAGUUCAAAGACCUUUACAUCUCCAAGGAAGAGGAGCUGAAGAGGCAGACAGCUGCACUGGAGGACGCCCAUUCUGAGCUGAGCUCUGUCCAGACCCAGCUCUCUCAGGCCCGGGCUGAGAUAGAGACCAUCAAAGCUGUGGCCACCGUGUCAGAAAACACCAAACAGGAAGCCAUCGACCAGGUCCGCAGCCAAUGGCAGGAGGAGGUGGCCUCCCUGCAGGCCAUAAUGAAAGACACGGUGUGUGAGUAUGAGGUCCAGUUCCACCAACGCCUGGAGCAAGAGCGUGCCCAGUGGAACCAGUAUCGCGAGGCGGUGGAGAGGGAGCUGGGCGAGCUGAGGCGCCGGCUCUCCGAGGGUCAGGAGGAGGAGAACCUGGAGGAUGAAAUGAAGAAAGCCCAGGAGGAUGCAGAGAAGCUGCGUUCAGUAGUGAUGCCCAUGGAGCACGAGAUCGCAGCCCUGAAGGCCAAACUGGCCACAGCCGAGGAGAAGGUGAAGGAGUUGGAGGCCUCGAAGGUCAAGGAGCUCAAUCACGUUCUGGAGGCUGAGAAGUCGUGUCGUACGGACCUGGAGAUGUAUGUCGCUGUGCUGAACACGCAGAAGUCCGUCCUGCAGGAGGAUGCGGAGAAACUACGGAAGGAGCUUCAUGAUGUCUGUCACAAGCUGGAGUUGGAGCGGCAGCAGCACAACCAGCUGAAGCACACAUGGCAGCGAGCCAACGACCAGUUCCUGGAGUCUCACCGCCUCCUUAUGAGGGACAUGCAGAGGAUCGAGAGCGUGCUGUCAUCAGAACAGCUCCGCCAGGUGGAGGAGAUGAAGAAGAAAGACCAGGAGGAUGACGAAAAGGAGCGCCUGAGUCAAGUGAAGGACCUGCAGGAGGACGACGGAGGAGACAACACCGAGCCUUUGGAGGACUUAUUCCUCGGCCUGAGCGUCGAGGAGCCCCAUGUGAACCACAGCGCCCACGGCUCUAUGCACUCCUUAGACACUGAUGUGGUGACGAGCAGCCCCAUGGACCCUUACAAGGACAACCUGCGGCGAGUUCAGUCCACAGACAGCCUCGGUUCCUCGCUGUCCGCCCAGCAGGGUCUCGGCGGCCAGAACCACAAGGCCAAAUCAGCAGGCCACUUAGACGAGUCGGACUUUGGGCCCUUGGUUGGGGCCGACAGCGGGGUGACAGACAGUAGUUUUGGAGAGACUGCGUCAAUCAGCUCAAUCAAGCUGCCGACAAGUCACUUCCUGCUGACUAAAGACCAGGAGAAGGCGAUCAAAGCCAUGACCCCGGAGCAGGAGGAGACGGCGUCGCUGCUGUCCAGCAUCUCUCACGCCCCAGACACCGCUUACUUACCGCCUGGCGGCUACCGGCUCGUCAGUGACAGCGAGUGGAACCUGCUACAGCAAGAGUUGAAAAAUGCUGGCAGGAAGCUCGGACGAAGGUGCGACAUGUGCUCAAACUAUGAGAAGCAGCUUCAGGCCAUCCAAGGACAGGAGGCUGAGACAAGAGAUCAGGUGAAGAAGCUGCAGGUGAUGCUACGUCAGGCCAACGAUCAGCUGGAGAGGACGAUGACUGAGAAGCAGAAUUUGGAAGAUUCAGUUAAAGCAGGAAACGAGGAAACCGCUGCUAAGGUAUCUGGCCUCAUGCAGAGAGUCCAGGAAUCAGAAACACUGCUCAGCACACUACAGCAAGCCUUCAGUGACGCUAAGAGGAACACACAGGAACAGAUGGCGGUGCUGCUGAAGUCCAGGGAGCAGGUGGCAGAUGAGCUAAGUCGACUACAGAGAGACAACGAGAGUCUGCAGGGGAAGCACAGGCUGCAUUUAGAACUGCAGCAGCAAGAAGACUUCCAAAUGCCCACUACUGUUCAAGAGCUCCAGGGACUGGUGCUGCGGUUGCGUGAGGACAUGGUGGCGUUACGGACGUCGGCCGAUCACAUGGAGGAGAAGCUGAAGGCUGAGAUCUUGUUUCUGAAGGAGCAGAUCCAGGCGGAGCAGUGCCUGAAGGAGAACCUGGAGGACACUCUGCAGCUGGAGAUCGAGGGAUGUAAGGAGGAAAUAGACAUCCUGGAAGCAUCUUUCUCCAGUUUGAAGACGGAGCUGGAGCGAAUAAAAGCGGAGAAGGAACAGCUGGAGAGCAGUUUGGCCGAGAAGACUGAGACACUGAGGAGCCUCCAGGGCCUGAGGAUCAGCCUGGAGCAUCAGCUCAAAGAGCUCACCACUGCAAAGAGUGCACUCGAAAGUCAAGUCCUCGACGAGAAAGACAAAGCCCAGCGUCUGCAGACCGAGCUGGACGUCAGCGAGCAGGUUCAGAAGGACUUUGUCAAACUUUCUCAGACCCUUCAGGUACAGCUGGAGCGGAUACGACAGGCGGACUCCUUGGAUCGAAUCAAAGUAAUCCUCAAUGACACCAACUUGACUGACAUCAAUCAGCUUCCAGAGACAUGAUACCACUGAAGGACGACUGCCUUCACUUUCAUUUCCCCUUCUUUCUAUUUCACUGACCCAGUAACAUAUUACCCGACCCUUCCUCUUCUUCUUCCUCCUCCUCCCCCCCAUAACCACCUGGGAAGAGUUUGGAGGGACAUGGACAGACGUGGCAUGAGGAGCUCAUGGCCUUUUGUGUACAUUAGAAGUCUCUGAACACACCACAGAUAGAAUAAUGAAGAAGAACACUACUAAAAAAAAUAAAAUGUAAAUAACUAAAUGUGGACGGAGGGAGCGGGUGGAGGUGCUUCUCCCUGUGGGUUCUGUCUGUCUUGUUUCUACUGUAGAUACGACUGUCUGUAUUAGCUCGACCAAAAAAAGGUUUGUCGUCCUCUGAAGCACUUUUCAUCUGCGACUUCUCUUUCCAGGUAAAUAGAAAAUAAUUGGAUGCAUAAAUUUUCCUCCGUCUGUUCUCAAAGCGGUUGAUAAUCGCUUCCUUUCUCCUCUUGCUUGUUCUUUCCGUGUUUUGUUUUGGGUUUUUUUUUCCUUUUUCCUCCAGUUUUCUUGCUCUUUUUUUCUCUCUGUGACAUUUCCACCCUCUUCUGGUCAUUUUUAACUCUGUGACAGCAGCACGAUGAAGGAAGGAAAAUACUUGCACAUAAUUUAACCGGGAUAAGAAAAUAUGGAAAGUAACAAAAUGCGAGCAAUACCCUUCAUGUCUUCAGCACCCUCUGCUGUGUUUUUGCUCUGUUUGUUGCUCUUUGGUGUCUGACAGAUGCCUUUUGUUUUUUUUUUUUUGUUUUUUUGUUUUGUUUUUUUUUUUAAAGCUGCAGAAAUACAGUGAAGAAACAUUAGUCACGUUCAAACUUGUGUUUUUGUUUCUCAACAUGUUUAAAAAAAAAUUAAAAAGAAGAAACACUAGUUAAUCCAGGUCAUGUCAGGUAAACGGAUGUUUAGGUGAGGAGGGAAAUUACAGAAUUAAAACGGGAAAGUAAUGGCUUUUAACACACACUUUGUUCCUGGUAUUCUUUUCCUUUUUUUUGACUUUCCUUAAUGUACAUCUGAAGAUCUUAAUUUAUCGCGGGCUUUUUAAAGGUGUGAUGGAUGGAUCGCCUGCAGGCCUGUUGUCCCCACAACUAGUGAUUUUUCUAAAGUGUAAAGAAACAGUUCAUUCAUCACUAAGAGGAUUCUGUUGUCUCUGAAGCUACUAAUUAAAUUAAAUCACCUUUAA